CCCGGCGUCACCGGAUUGGCCGGGGCAGGACGGAAACGGUUCUGCGGGGCCGGGGUGUGUGGUCGGCGGAGAGGAGAGAGACGGUGACCUGAGGAGGUAAAAAAACACGGUCCGAGUCCAGGUGAAGCGUCCAGGUGUACGAACUACAGCCACACAGGAUGAUCCGCCCAUUGCUGAUGUGUUUCGUCCUUUGCGUCGUCUACGGCAGCAGUAAACCGACAGAGAAGAAGAGUCGAGUUCACGAUGAAGAACCUCUCAGCCACCUCGAACACGACGACAACAAAAACUACGACUACGACCACGAAGCGUUUCUGGGUCAAGACGAGGCCAAAACCUUCGACCACCUCCCUCCGGAGGAGAGCAAACGGAGGCUCGGCAUCAUCGCGGAUAAAAUCGACAGUAACAAAGAUGGUUUUAUCUCAGAGGAAGAGCUGAAGGUUUGGAUCAAAAACGCUCAGAAGAAACACAUUUCGGACAGCGUGGAGCAUCAGUGGAAAGACUUCGAUAUGAACAGUGACGGUGUGAUCAGCUGGGAGGAGUACAAGAACGUCACGUACGGGAGUUAUCUGGACGACCCUCAGACGGACACAGAGUAUAACUACACUCACAUGAUGUCGAGGGACGAGAGGCGUUUCAGAGUCGCAGACAGAAACGGAGAUCUGAUCGCAGACAAACAAGAAUUCACGGCUUUUCUUCAUCCUGAAGAUCACGAACACAUGAAGGACAUCGUGGUGCAGGAAACGAUGGAAGACAUCGACAAGAACGGAGACGGUUUCAUCGACCUGAAGGAGUACAUCGGUGACAUGUACACUUCAGAGGAUGAGGAAGAAGAUCCAGAGUGGGUGGCGACAGAGCGUCAGCAGUUUUCCGAGUUCAGAGACAAAAACAACGAUGGAAAGAUGGACAAAGAGGAAACUCUAGACUGGAUUCUUCCAUCUGAUUACGACCACGCUGAAGCUGAGGCCAAACACCUUCUGCACGAGUCCGACGCCAAUCAGGAUGGAAAACUCACCAAAAAGGAAAUUCUCGACAAAUACGAGGUGUUUGUUGGAAGUCAGGUGACGGACUUCGGGGAGGCUUUACUACGACACGACGAGUUCUAGAGACGUAGCAGACUGUUAGAUAGAAAACGUGAUUUUACUCUUGUUUUUGACAAAUAAUUUAUUUUGUAAACCUACAGAAGAGAACAGCUUUUAACAACUUUGUGUGUCUACCUUUGGUUUUAAAACUGUUACAUUCAGAUGAUGGUCAAAGAUGGAAACACAGCUUUGACUGGUCAGUUUGAUCUUUCAUUUCCAUUUGUAGGUUGGCUUUAUAUUCCGUCCAUUGUUUGUUUAUUUUUCCUGUUAAACGUUGUAGUUUUCUGCUGCUGUGGUCAGUUGACUGAACUCUCCUCGCUUUGGUGCCUCACAGUUUUUAUCUGUACAUUUUAUUUCAUAUUUCUUUCAUUUGUGUUCAUGAUGCCAACAGCACUUAAAUGUUUUGUGAAAAGCCUAAACUUUAGGACUUUGAUUUAAUGAGAGAAUGAAGUCAAAGGAGUUGGAAAUGUCAUGAAGUGAGUGCUUUAAAAAGAAUUGUCACUCUACAUUUUAUAUCACUGUAAAACUAAUUUACACCAGUUUGUCUUGAAUUUGCACACACGCAGAAAGUCAGUGGGUUAGGGUUAGUCAUUCAUAUUUUACACUACAUGCUGUACUUUGACUUUCACAGCCUGUUUAUCAAUAAAAAUAUAUAGUUAAAAUGG